AUGGAAUGUCAGCAAACUGUCGGUAUUCCAAGCACGAGCGUGAGGCCGUAUAACGUAGAGGUUCAGUUGCGCCGCCGCCGCAAGCAGCUGGUGCUGCACGGUCUGUUGGCUCCGCCUCCCGCCACCCGCGCAACGGUUGCGCCCGCGCGCUCCCUUGCGAAAAAUUAUAAUGCAAUUGCCAGGACGGACGAUGUGGAACGUUUUACGAGCAAUGCCAGCACGCAACCAGUCUACACUCAAAUGCGUUCUAACUCACACGCUAUCCAUCACUAUGGAUUACUCGUGUCGGGCCUGAUUUCUCCUCUGCUGUUUGUCGAACUGUGA